AUGAAUUGGCGGCUACUUGAAAAAGAAAUAUACUUUGGCCACAGUUACGUCGUGUAUCAAGUGACGGUGGCCGACGACCGACAGGCUCAGCAGGUUUACGCGUUGGAAAACCAGAUGGGGUUGGACAUGUGGUCGUAUGCCAUGCCCUCCCGUCCAGGUUUAGUGCUCGUUCCUGGAUCGAAACGCCAACUAUUCCAGCAGGCGGUGCUCUCUCUCGGGGCGAAGUAUGAAAUCCAAACCGAAAACGUCAAGGAAUCUCUUGAAAUGGAGGAUCGACUUCUAGCCGCUGCUGCUGAACGCAGUAACAGAGCCAAUGGUAGUCUCUCAUUUGACACGAUCCACCGUUACGAAGUGGUGGAUGCAUAUCUUGUGGAACUAGCUGCGAAAUAUCCAACAGUGACUGUUGCAUCGGCUGGCAGAAGUUUCGAAGGUCGCGAUAUUAAAUAUUUGAAAAUAUCAACCACCAAUUUCGAAGAUUCCUCGAAACCCGUUAUUAUGAUCCAGUCCUUGUUGCAUGGCCGUGAAUGGGUGACCUUGCCUUCAUCUCUUUACGCCAUUAAGAAGUUAGUGAUUGACGUCACUGACAGGGACCUAGUCGAUAAAAUCGAUUGGAUAAUCUUGCCGAUCUCCAACCCUGAUGGGUACGAAUUCACCCACACCAACACUCGUUUCUGGAGGAAGAACCGUUCGACCGGCCACAUGGUGGGCAACUUCUGCCUCGGCGUCGACCUCAACCGCAACUUCGACAUCAACUGGGGCCAGUGGUCCAGCAGCAACGCCUGCUCCGAGACCUUCCACGGCAGGGGGCCCUUCUCCGAGCCCGAGAGCGUCGCGGUGCGCAACAUCGUGCGGGAGAACGUGAACCGUCUCGAGCUGUACAUCGACAUCCACAGCUUCGGCAGCCUGAUCCUCUUCGGUUACGGGAACGGCAUACUCCCGCCGAACGGCCUCACCCUGAACGUGGUCGGUGUGCGGAUGGCGACGGCGAUCGACCGCGUGAAAUGGGCUUCCAAGCCCAACUACCGUGUCGGAAACUCCGCCAUGCUCCUCUACCCGACGUCUGGAACCACUCAGGACUACGUCCAAGCGGUCGGUGUUCCACUCGCUUACACUUACGAGCUGCCGGCGUACAGGAAUCAAGGCAACAGUAUCAACGGCUUCCUAGUGGACCCCGAUUUUAUCGAGCAAGCCGGGUACGAGACCUGGGAAGGUAUUAAGGCUGGAGCGGGCUUCGUGCUGGAAUAUUUCAGAAGCAACAAAGCGGCCCGU